AGAGCCCCUCUGCGCCCUUCUUCCCAUCAGGGCCAGCCAGCUCUCGCGAGAUCAGGCGCGCUAUUUAAGAAGCCAAACAGCCGUCGCGCGGCCUUUGCCUCGGCCUCGCAGGGAGCGCGUAGGGGGACGGAGGGAGAGGUGGUGCUGCUAGUUGUCUGCGGCAGGGAUCAGGCCUUGCCAUGCUAGGGCAGGGAGAAAACUGGUGGUGUGGAACUGCAUGAAAAAGUCUGACGUUUCUGCAUGUUUGUAUACACAUAACAAAUUGAAAGCUCAGAAUGACUGAUACUGAUGAAGCCAAGACUUCAGCUUUUGACCACUUCGAAGAUUCCCAAGAUCUAAUAUGUAUGCUGCAAGAACAACAGUCUAAUGUGCAUAAACAUGUAACUGCAAGGAAUUCAUGUUUAGGUUCUGCACAGAAAGAUUCUAUAUGUGAAACAUCUUCACAAGAAUCCUCCACCAGUGGUAGAUCUUCCAAAUGUUUCACCCACUUGACCACUGUCCCAACCAACGACUUGCUGGAUGACAGCGAUUCAGAGACUGACUUUUCUGAUUCGACUGGCAGCUUGUUCCAACCUGAGUAUAACAUUACACCCUCAGCUCGAAGUUCAACAAGACGCUUGGCAAAGUCUCCAGCAAAUACAUUGGACAGAGACACUUCAACUGACUCCUCUCCGGACCCUGGAUCACCAUUUAAGUUGGCUAAAUCCCCAGAGCUGUCUAGAUCUGCACCCAAUUUGAAAGCCAGUUUUGCCUAUCACUUGAGGAGGAAGUAUAGGAGACGAGCACAUCAAAGAUGUAAGGAGAAACCAAAAGAGAGAGAGAAGAGAUAUAAGAGCACAGGAAAGCCUAGAGGGAGACCACGGCUAACUGCUUCACAAGAAGAGCAGAAAAAAAGACUUCUAGACAGAGGUUUUCAGUUUCCUUUUGUGGAAAAAGAAUAUGGAAGGAAACAUCUCCCCAUGAAAAUGAUUGUUGAAUAUGAGCGAGCAGCUUUAAAGGGAUAUUUCCAAUACAUUAAGAUGCUUAAAUAUGAAGAACAUCUCAAAAAGGCUUUAAAAAACCUGAAUGCUAGUGAGGAUUUAGAAAACGAAUGUAUGACGAUGCGGAAACACAAAUACUUAGAUGAUGAAGGACCCAUUUCUCCUAUUCAGGAGACAGAUGAAGAUGACCACAACUUGGAUCCUGAUCAAGAAGAAUUUGGUGCCACAAUAGUUGAGAACAGCUGUUUCAUAUUAAGCAGCAAACUUCCAAGCAAGAAAAAAUCAAAGACAAAAGCAAAACAUGUAAACCUGAUCAGAGAAGAUGAAGAGGAGGAAGACUAUGUUGCUGAUGGGCCUGUACACGAGAUACUACAAGGAUCAGAAAACUAGUACAUCAUGGAACCCCAUAAAUGCCGGUUGCUGUAACCCUGACUCUGAGCAUGCAUGUCUGCAUAUGCUGCUCCCCCUGGCAAAAACACAUUCACUUCAGACAAAAACUAUGUUCAACAUUCCACCUAAGGAAACUUUCAGUUAUUGCAAUUGAUUGAGCUAGCUUCAUCUAGGUUGUAACUGUAUAAUUUCAGUCUCCUUUGGGCUUGAACAUGGGAAACAUCCUCUCAGCAUGGUUUGAAAAACUUCAUGCUGGAUCUGGGACUGGAGUUGUUGCUGGUUCAAUUGGCCUUUGUUUGGAGAGAGAGAGAGAGAGAGAACCAUUUUAGUUUUUCUACUGCAAGAGUUUCUGGAACUUCCAAAAUACAUUGAUGAAAUCAAAAUGGAAAUAGGUAGCUGGUUGGUGAAAAGGGGGGGGGAAUUUCCUAUGGCAUUCUGACUAGAGAAACACAAGCUGACUGCAGUCACUGUCAGGAAGAUCAUCUUCAUACUGAGAGGCUCCUGAUAUCCAGUGCCCUAGCAUGACUUCUUGCAGACCAAAGCCAAUUUGAGCAAGCUUUAGGAUCUGAGGGAGUCCAAAUAACUGUGGAACACGCAGUCACAAAUCACAUUUUCUUCUGGUGUCUUGAUGGAGCACGUGUUUAGAAAGCAGGGCAAGUGAAGUGAAUACAAAGAAGCCUGGUCAACCAGAAAUGAGGAGAUGCCUGUUCAUGAGGCACUAGCUUAGUUAACACUCAACAUGGAUUGAAAAUCUUGUCACAAAAGGAAAUGGGCAAAUUGCUGGAGGAACUUCACUACACUAGACAGACCAGAUUUCAAUAUGAUGAAAGAAUUGUUUGAAACACAGUAUCAUGACACCAACUUGUUUGACAGUGUCUAUUGCUGACAAAUCAUUGACUGCAAAUCCCAAAUGAAGACCAGGCACUGACAUGGAUAUGGAAAAGACUUUCUAGCUGUAUUGCAAAGGAUGGUGAGACACCUCCCUAAGCUGUGGACAAUAAAAAAUGUCUCAAGUUUGCACUGCUCCACUGGAUGCUUCUGUAGUAGACUUGAUUAUUGAAUCCUUUAACCUAAACUUGGUAACUGCUGCAUGUAUUUUUAAAAACAUGCUUUGGAGGAUUUCCUGGAAUGAGUCAGCUUCUAAUCGACAGGAAACUUCAGGGUGAACUGCUACAUUGGCUUCAUGAUUGAUUCAAUUGUAUAUUGUGAGCCCUGGAAAAUGAUACAUUCUAAAGUUAUUUGAGAACUUACUUGCAAAUAAGUGACAGUCAUUCAAUAAAUUCCGUACUAUGUACAAA